CGCACGCGUCGCCGCAGACCGCCGACGCCACUCCGCGUCGCGUCGCUCGUCCGCGCGCGAACCGAACCGAACCGCGCCGCGCCGCGCGCGCUCGAGGACGCCGCUCGCGGCUAAUAAUUAAAGAUGGCCAGCGCGCUGCUCGCGAGGUGUCGCCCCGGGACGACGGCACCCGCCCGCGCGUCGACGCCUCGUCGACGCGGCAGCGCGACGCGCGCGCGCGCGUCGUCGCGUAAUAAGAACUCCAACGCGUCGACGCGCGGUGCUCACACCGCGCUGACCGCGAUCGCGUCCAUCGCGUCGCUGCUUCGGCGGCGCGCGAGCGGCGGCGGCGCCGCGGUCGCGGACGCGCCCGCGGAGGUGGCCGAUCCGACUCGGACGCGCGGGGAGCCGCUCCCCAUCCUUCCGGACGCGCCGUCGCGCGCGUCCGACUCCGCGAAGCUUCGCACGGCGAGCGGCGCGCCGGUGCAAUUCCUGGGCAUCAGCAGCGAGGCGUUCGCGCGCGAGCGCGGGGAAGACGCGCUCGACGUCCCGGCGCGCGCGCGCGCGUCCGGGGUGAACUACGUGCACGUCUCGCACAAAUCUUUAGAACGCGGCGCGGACCUGUGCGGGCUGCGUAAACUCGUCGGCGACGAUCCGGUGAAGCGAAAGAAGCUGUUCGUGACGUUGGGUAUGUCCGCGAAGACGCUCAGAGAGAUCAUCGCCGCGGAGAAGAAGAGCGCGGAGAAGAAGAAGAGCGGGGAGAAGAAGAGCGGCGGCGACGGCGACGGCGACGGCAAAGGCAAAGGCGGCGUCCUCGGCGGCGUCCUCGGAGGCGGCGGAGCAAUCUACGGAAACGGAUCGACGGAACGCGCCAUCACGACGCACGUCGAGCGGUGCCUCGGCGCGCUGAACACGUCCUACGUCGACGCGUUCUUUUUCGAAGACGUCGAGCGAGGCGACGAGGUUGACGUCGUCGCGUCCCUGCGUUGGAUGCGCCGAUCGCUUCUCGUGGUUCCGGACAAGGGCAGAGCCGGCAUCGACGGCGUCGUGCGGUUCGUCGGCGCGGGGACGAGGGACCGGUGCGUCGGCGUGCGCAUGCUGCGCUGCGACAAGGCGGACGUCGGCGGCUUCGGCGCGGACGUCGCGUACGAUUACGACGCCGCAGCGAAGGCGAGCAGGGAGGAGGGCGCCCGAGACACCGCCGCGGCGGACUCAGAACGGCCCUCAUCCUCCUUCAUAGGCCCCGCGACGCGGCCGCCUUGCGAGCUGGAUUUCCUCGUCGCGCGGUACGACAUGACGCACGUCGCCGCGGAGCGGUCGAUGUUCCCGGCGGCGCUCAUUCGCGACGUCCCCGUGAUCGCGACGCCGUCCAACGCGCGCGAGCUUCGCGAGGCGGCGGAGGCGAGCGGGUCGAUGCCGUCUGAGAGCGACCUGCUGCGGUUCGCGAGCGCGCAUCCGGCGGUGCGCGUGGCGCUGGCGUCGCCGGCGGACGCGGCGGCGCUGAGGUGCGUUCUAUCUCACACUGGUCUCCAUACGACCGCGUUGGCGUGGUGGACGCCGAUCCUUAAGGACUUUUCCCGGCGUGUCUCUCCGCCCACACCUCGCUUUCAACGCCCGCCCUCGACGCCUUUCAACGCCAACUGA